AUGAGUUUAAUUUCAAAACCUUGGCUAGAUGCUGCACAUGAGUGGACGGGAGUAUGUUUGUGGGAAAUUCUGUGCCCCAUGGGUAUUGUCAGCCAUUACACGCUCUACGAGACCGCUACUUGCAGCAAAACUGAUCUGAACACGGUGGUCUUCACCACAAAAUCCAACGAUAAAAACUCGGUGACCAAACGCUACGAUAUGUUUAAUUUGGUUUUAGAGAUUGUUCUGUUUACGAAGACUCUUAGACAAUUCCUCUCUCAAGUUACACCACGCUGGCUCGGCCGUGCGGUAGCCACGCCUACACAAGCCAGCCAUCCGGCUACUUCGAUGAGUAAGAAACAGAUGGAGCAACAUCGUUGA